GUUCGGAUCGAGUUAAUGGGUCGAAUCCGUUUCCACCGUUUUGCUACAUCCACUACUCCCAGCACGGCAAGGCCCACCAGUCGCCUCGCGAAUCGGGAUCGCAUCCUCCUCGUCGUCGUCCUCCUCCAUCGCGCCGCCUCGUCACCGCCGCGUUCGAACCACCCCUCUCGAUCCCCAAAGAUGCUCUCGGGGAUCAAAUUCAUACCCGGAGAUCAACUCCUCCCUGCGGGGAAGGGUUCGGAUUCCGAGGAAUCGGGCGAGGAGAAGAAGGAUUCGAGGAGAAUAAUGGCGAAGGAUGGUGAUGGAAAGGGGAAGGACGAGAAGAAGACGAAGACGAGGAAGAAGAAGAAGAAGAGUAGGAGAAGAAGCAAGAGGUAUAGCUCGGACGAGAGCGAAAGCUCUUCGGGUAGUGACGAGGAGAGAAGGUCUAAGAGGAGUAGGAGGGGGAGGAAAAAGGAGAGCUUUUCAGAUGAUUCGGACUCAUCUGAGGAAUACGAGGAUCGAAACGGCGGGAGGAGUAAGCGCGGAAAGGAUAUUAGGGUUCGGAGUGGUAAGGGGAAGCACUCGUCGCACGACGAGUUCUCGGAUGAUGAGGAAUUACUUAACAAAAGUGGCAACGAGCUUGCGAGGAAGGAGAUGGGUUUGGAGUGGAUGUUAAAGUCCACAAGCAGGAAUGAAAGUAGUUGUGCUCAGCGAGAAGAGGAGCCCGAGCAACCCGAGAAGCCGAUUGAAGAGCAGAUAAAACAGAUGAACCCGAAGGAGCUGAAUCCAUACCUGAAAGAUAAUGGCAGUGGUUACCCAGAUGAAAAGGCAUUAUCCGAGGCCGGUGACCAGUUACUUUCAUCUUCAGUUGUUGGUGAUGGCGGUGCAAGCUGGAGACUUAAAGCUCUGAAGCGCGCAAAAGAGCAAGCAGCUCGUGAAGGGAGAAAACUUGAUGAUGUUGUUGAAGGACGAUGGGGCUCUUUGGGCCAGCUGGCUGCUUCAGUGGCAGCUUCUAGAGCUGCCCCUACUCAUGCUCAUUUACACGCCAUAAGGAAUAGAAAGAGAGGGCAAACAGAAAAAAGCGAAGCUGUUCCACCUGGUGAACUAAAUGAAGGUCGUGAUUAUUUACGUGGUGUUUCUUCUCGUAAUCCUGAGAUGAGAAAGCCUAGGCAGGAUAAUUUCCCUUGGAAACGGAAUAAAGGUCAGAAUGUCUCUUCAGAGGAUAAAUCUCUCAUAUCUGCAGCACUAUCUGGAUUAAAUAAGUUCGCCAAUGAUGGUAGCUUUAUGGAUGCUAUCAGUCAUUUCCAAAGCAAGGAUGCUAGUGCUUCCAAUAGCUCUUGUGCAAGUUUAGAAGCAAAUGAGGUUAAGGAAAGUGAUCUGAACUCUUUGAAGGAUAAAAGUUCCAACAAAACAUCUUCAGGCAAUAUGAAAGGAUUGAGUGCAAAUCAGUUAGCAGCGAAGAUUUUGCAGCUUCGAAUGAAAGGAAAGCAUGAGGAGGCGGAUAAACUUUCGAAAGAGAUGGAGGACAUGGUUGAGAAGCAGGAUUCAGGCAGUUUGAGUCUGGAAAACAUUGGCAGCUCUAGCAGGCAGUCAGGGGCGCAGAUUUCUGGCAGCCACAAGAAAAGAGAAGAUGAUGCUGAUUUGCACCUUGCGAAGAAAAUAAUGCAGAAUAGACAAUUUAGCUUGUCUGGAAGGGCUGAUGAUGAAUAUGAUUUUGAUGGUGUUGCUCCGAGUAGAAAAAGUAAGAAGAGGAAAGAAGCAGCACCCGAGGAGAAUAGGUUUGUUAGAAAGCAAUUCUCAACGCAAAAGGAGCGUUGCCAGUUUUGCUUUGAGAACCCAUCUAGGCCAAAACAUUUGGUUGUAUCGAUAGCAAAUUUCACAUAUCUGAUGCUACCCCAGUGGCAUCCUGUCGUGGAAGGUCAUUGCAUUAUUUUGCCAUUGCAGCAUGAGGCCGCAACAAGAACUGUUGAUCAGAAUGUAUGGGAUGAAAUCCGAAACUUCAAAAAGUGCCUCCUAAAGAUGUUUUCUAAGCAAGAAAAGGAUGUGGUAUUCCUUGAAACUGUUAUAGGCUUGGCAAAGCAACGCAGGCACUGCUUGAUCGAGUGCAUUCCAAUACCUGACCAGCUUUCUAGACAAGCGCCAAUGUACUUCAAGAAGGCAAUUGAUGAAGCUGAGGACGAGUGGGGUCAGCACGAGAUGAAGAAGCUCAUCCCAACAAGCGGCAAUUUGCGACAAGUUAUACCCGCAAACUUCUCCUACUUCCACGUCGAGUUCGGUCUAGACCGGGGAUUCGUUCAUGUCAUCGACGAUGAAGGCAAUUUCAGCGGCGGUUUCGGGCUGAAUGUGAUCAGAGGCCUCCUCCGACUGCCGGAGGAGGACAUGUACCGCAGGCGAAGGCUCGAGCCGGUGGAGAAGCAGAAGCUUGCAGUCACGGCUUUUAUGAAGGAAUGGGAGCCCUUUGAUUGGACUAAGGAGCUCGACUAGAGUGUAAAUAGCUGAUGUUUCUCAUGUCGAAGACGACGAUCAAUUCAAGCACGACGAAGCAGGCCACGGUCAUGGCCAUGAAAUUGGUUUUGCACACUCCGACGAUCGUAAUCAGGAACUUGGGAACUUGAACCAUCUCGGUCUCUCACAUCAUAAUCCCAAUGACCUCAAUCUUGUAUUCUAUUGUCCCCAGCACCAUGCUGGUGAUCUUGUUGUGAGUAGUAACUGUGAACAUGAUCCUAGCAAUCUAGCCACUCAAAACAAUGAAAUUGCUCUCUUCAGCUACUGUGAUACCACUCCUGUGUCCUGUGAUACGCCACAAGAUUCUUCUUCGGUUGCAGCUCCGAUCGUCCACAUCCGAAAAUCUAUUACCAGCGCCAGGCAUGAACACAUUGCCAGAUGAACAUAUGCAGGGUGCUCAUGGCGUGUUCAUGCCGCAAAACUCACCGAUGAUCCUAAAUUCACAAUCAGGGUCAUCAAGCGUCGGUGGAGUGGGUCGCAAACUUUGCAGAAGAACGGCUUCGUGAGAAAGGAAAUUUACGACAUGCACGGAAUUACUUUGCCUUAUAAACAAGCAUGGACAGGGAAGGAACGGAACGCAGCUAUGUACUUGUGGCGGGAAUGCGCCGUAAUUCUCUUAGACAUCGAGGAAAGCCGGGAAUGAAGGUGAAAGGGAAAGAGUAUGACGGGCGAAACGAGAAAAUUGUACAUCGCAUCCGGUGCAAUCAGCCUGGGCAAUUUCGAACAACCUGUCCUCCGCGUCUCCGUAAGCUUCGUCUAUUUCUUGUUACACGUACACUCUUUGUAUCUUCUUCCAUUAAGAAUAAGAUGAUCAUAUCUCAAGCAUAUUCUUUUCUUUGUUGCUAUUUUCUCGGCGUCUAAAAUUCUGAAUGAUUGAUCGUACAGUAAGUUAAAUAGAAAGAUGCUGAUGUUCUUCGUUUUGGAUAUAUGUAAAUCAAAAGUUACUUUUCUAUAGUUGCUGCAAUUUUUUUCUUGAUUACUAUGUAUUGGUUUGGACUAUUUGCUCUCUCUUUCUUAGCUUUAAUAAAAUGAUGAUACUUUUCUUAUAA